AUGGCUGCAGUAUUUGCAUCCCGCCUACGCGCCUCAGGUGGCCACGUACCAGUUGGCGUUAAAGGGAGAGGAGUAGGAGGACAACACCUAACCAGUAUGAGCUGGAGGCUCUUCUGCCUCGUCACCAGGACUCUGAGGUGGCUGUGUACUACGACACGUCCGUCUAGUUGUCGACUGGGUGGAGCUGUUCUGUCCUUAGAGUUGCCGAUGGGCCCUCUGGAGCCCGUGAACCAUUACUCCGGCCGAGGCUUCCCAGAGCGCGGACUAGUCUGCAUGGAGAGUCCAGAGCAGGUGGACGAGCCGAGCUUCCAGGCGGAGAAGAGUCCUUGUGUCUUUCUGCUGGGCCUGGCUUGA